CUGCUGCUGCUGCUACUUCUCUGGGGCAUGGGGUCUCACAGCUUCCCAGCAGCGACUACAGAAACACAAGAGCAAGAUGUGGAGACAGUGCAGAAAUACCUGGAAAACUACUACAACCUGAAAAGUGAUGGGAAGCAAGUUGAAAGACAGAGAAACAGUGACCCAGUAGUUGAAAAACUAAAGCAAAUGCAAAAAUUCUUUGGGCUGAAGGUGACUGGGAAACCAGAUGCUGAAACCCUGAAUGUGAUGAAGCAGCCCAGAUGUGGGGUGCCUGACAUGGCUCAGUUUGUUCUCACUCAGGGGAACCCACAGUGGAAGAACACACACCUGACCUACAGGAUUGAAAACUACACACCAGAUCUGUCAAGAGCAGAUACGGACCAUGCCAUUGAGAAAGCCUUUCAACUGUGGAGCAGUGUCUCACCCUUGACCUUCACCAAGGUCUCUGAGGGUCAAGCAGACAUAAUGAUAUCCUUUGUCAGGGGAGAUCAUCGUGACAAUUCUCCCUUUGAUGGACAGGGUGGAAACCUCGCUCAUGCUUUUCAACCAGGCCCAAGUAUCGGAGGGGAUGUCCAUUUUGAUGAAGAUGAAAGGUGGACCAACAAUUUUAGAGAUUAUAACUUGUAUCGUGUGGCAGCUCAUGAAUUGGGCCAUUCCCUUGGACUUGCUCAUUCUACUGACAUUGGGGCUUUGAUGUACCCCAACUACAUCUUCAGUGGUGAUGUUCAGCUGUCUCAGGAUGACAUCAGUGGGAUCCAGGCCAUCUAUGGACCUUCCCAAAAUCCCACUCAGCCAGUUGGCCCGCAAACCCCACAAGUGUGUGAUAGUAAGCUAACUUUUGAUGCUGUAACUACAGUUCGGGGAGAAGUGAUGUUCUUUAAAGACAGGUUCUACAUGCGCACAAAUCCCUUCUACCCAGAAGCUGAGCUCAAUUUCAUUUCUCUUUUCUGGCCCCAACUGCCAAAUGGACUUCAGGCUGCUUAUGAGGUUGCCGAUAGAGAUGAAGUUCGGUUUUUCAAAGGUGAUAAGUACUGGGCUGUUAAGGGGCAAGAUGUGUUAUACGGAUACCCCAAGUACAUCUACAGAUCCUUUGGUUUCCCUAGGACUGUGAAGAACAUCGAUGCUGCUGUUUCUGAGGAAGAUACUGGGAAAACGUACUUCUUUGUUGCUAACAAAUGCUGGAGGUAUGAUGAAUAUAAACAAUCCAUGGAUGCAGGUUAUCCCAAAAUGAUAGCAGAAGAUUUUCCUGGAAUUGGCAACAAUGUUGAUGCUGUUUUCCAGAAAGACGGAUUUUUCUAUUUCUUCCAUGGAACAAGGCAAUACAAAUUUGAUACCAAAACUAAGAGAAUUUUGACUCUACAAAAAGCUAAUAGCUGGUUCAACUGCAGAGAAAAUUGA